AUGAAAAAAAAAAAAUGUAAAAUAAAAUAAAAUGAAAAAAAAAAAAUGUAAAAUAAAUAAAAUGAAAAAAGGUAUAAAUGCAAAUAAAAAAGAAAAUAAAAAAAUUAUGAAAAAAAAAUAAAAAUUGCAUUAGAAAUACCAAUUUAUGUUAAAUUAAUUAUGCCCUAAAUUGAUGUCAUAGGAUCGAACGGGGAGGGCUAUAAGAGUAAAUAGUGGGGAACAAAAAUUAAAGUUUUUUAAUCCCGGCCAAAUUGUGUAUUGAAGCCAUUAUAAAAACAAAGUUUUUAAUAAAAUAGUUCCUCAUUUUUUACUACCCCGCUUAUAAAAAGACCGCUCUUAAGAUGGAGCUUUUAUGUUGUAUAGAAAAUCAAAGAAUAUCGGGAUGAGAAACCCCUAAUCGAGCCCACUAUGUGGGAGGUUGAAAUUGGUUUUUAGUUUAUCAAAAUGUCAUAAUCUACCUCUUAUCUCCAAUAAAAAAAAAUAUAAUCUACCUAAUAAAUAUUUAACAUAUCAGUAAAAUUGAGAAUCUAUCGUUAUAUUAACUUAAAUAAAGCCAAUAGGCAAAAAUAAAUAUAAAAAUAAAAAUUAAAUAAAAUCUUAAAAAGAAAAAAAUAAAUUAACAUUGAAUAAAAUAAAUAAAUAAAUUAAUUAACUUCAUUUAAAUAAAUAUCUUAAAAACAAACAAAUAAACUCAUUAUUAAAAUUAAUUAAAAACAAACCAAAAAAAUAAUAAAAUAUUUAUUAAAAAAUAUCUAUAUUGAAAUAACUAAAACAAAAAUAGUUUCCAUAACUUUUAACUUUAUGCCAUUUAAUAUUUUAAAUUUAGUCGUUUUAAGUUGA